UCUAACGACUUCACUGGCCGAUAACUCCAAAAUCCCCUCCUGAAACCGCCUGAUUUUUCGAUCGAUCUGAUACUCUAAAACGACUAAGAUUAAAUUCCCUCCCGAUAAAAACAAUUAACCUCAGUUAAUCGGAUAUUUACAAUCAUCGAGGUCCCCAGGUCAACGAUUUAUUAAACAGGUGGUAAAAUUCUACCCGAUGUAUCUAGAAAUGCUGUACGAGGAGCUGAUGUCGAUGGAAUUCUUCGAUAAGUGAAAUUCCACCUCAAACGACAGAAUUCCAAGAUCGGAGUGUUCGACCCGAAAUUAUUCGCAAAUUAUUUCUCCAAAUGUUUGGCUGCAUCUGACACCGAAAAAUGAAGAGUUUCAAAAUGUUCCGAGGCCUGAGAAAAUUUUGCAGACUUCAGAAUUUCCGAUGUCUGCAACUCCACACAUCUCCGUUGCACCCCCAGACCUGGAGUCACUACCAGUUCCUGAAGGCCACGAGAAAUUCGUCCCUGAAGGCGCCUGAAAAUGUCCAGAAGUCCCCAGACCCCUGGAAGAUCUCCGGAGCAUCACCCGGCAAUUUUCCCUCCCUCGGGCCCUCCCUUCCCACAUCCCUGACCCCUCUGCAGUCAUCAGGAAGUCCCAGAAGUCGUGUAUUCUACUCCACGUGCUCGGACAAGCCCCCGAAGAAGCCAGAUUGUCCUCCAAAACCGAAGAAAUGUCCGGAGGACUCAUCAUGCAGUGAAAAAUCCUACGAAAAAUUCUGUCCAAAUUACAAGGAUCAAUCCUCCUGCAGUACCAACAAGCCCCAGUGCCCGGACAAGUGUCCAGAACCACCAAAGCCUAAAACCAAGGCGUGUCCACCUCCAGAUGACAGAUCUGUCUGUGUGAAACCAAAACCGAAGCCAAAGUCUUGUGCACAAUCAGAAGACAGAUCUGUGUGUUCAAAACCACCAACAAAACCAUCAGGAUGUGGUGGUGGUAAAAAACCACCCCCCUGCUCGAGAUCCUACUCUUCCUGUGCUGCUGAAGCUACUGAUAAGACACCUGAUAUCACCUUUGGCGAGCGACAGCGUCGAAAAAUCGCCGAAUUUUGCUCAGCGAGAAAGUUAAACAGCAAAAAGGACAAUAAAACCGUCGGGAAAAAUACUGAUGACUGUGAAAAGGACGAGAGCACUGGGGACAGGGUGAAGAGAGAGAGAAAGGAGAUGACAGAGUGUCUGAAUGAUAAAAUUAAAUUUUCCGAGUUGGGGUACACCAGGGUCCACUGCAAGGACUCCGUCAGGGACAUCAUGUCGACUGAUCCCAAGAGAUUUCUCAGGGAAUUGGAUCCUUACGGUGGAGUUCUCCACCAGAAAGGAACAAAGGUGUCUUUCAAUCCUGAGGAAAUGGCCCGGAAGAGGAAGAACAACUGGAUUGACUCAUUAGUGACUCCGUUAAAUAAUUAAAUUGAAGUUAUCCCGAAAAUAUCGUGUGAGAUAUUGUCAUUAAUUUCGUGAAACGGAGAUAUUAAAAUUAUGUAAAUAAUUAUUUGGUGAUUGGAAAUAAAUAUUGAGUAGUUCUAACCAUUUAAAAUUCAUUGUAACGUCCAAUAAAU